AUGCCCUACAGGCUGCUGGGGACCCUCCUGCUCCUCCUGCCAGGAGCUGCCUCGGUGGAGAAGACGCAGGUCCAGCAAAGCCCAAGAGAGCUCUGGGUGCGUCCUGGGCAGAAGGUGGAGCUGAGCUGUCGCAUUCCAGAGCACAACCGGCAGGUGACUUGGUACAAGGAGAAGCCAGGAGGGGGUUUGCUCUUGAUUUACCACCAGACCAGUUUCUGCCGUCCGAUGGGAAAAUACUCAGGAAGGAUAGAAAAGUUGUGGAACUUCUCCUUCACCAUCAGCCCCGUGCAAAGGGAGGACUCGGGGGUUUAUUACUGCAGCUUCCCCGGUCCCCCCAAACAGUCCCCCCAGUUUGGGGAUGGCACCAGGCUCAUCGUCACUGAUGCCACCGAGCCCAAGCUCUCCAUCCUGGUGCCGGUUGACUCAGAGGAGCCUGGGCAGCCCCCGGCCAACAUCCCUGUGCUCUGCCACCUCUACGAUAUCCCCCCGGGCUGGGACACGGUGAAGUGGCAGCCCGGCGGGGAGGUGACGCCUGUGACAGCGGCGACCAUGGAUGAUCAGGGUGUCCUCAGCGCCUGGAGCAUCACUUGGGUCCCAGCCGAGCGGUGGGACGGGGCCGCAGCCUGCACGGCCACGGAGAACAGCACGGGCAGGACCCUCGGUGUUACCAUCGAAAUUCUCCAGCAGCCGCACCGGUGGACGGCACCCAGGCAGAGGAUGAGGAACUUUUUAAUUGCAGCACUUUUGGUUCUUCAUUUUUCACCAGGGAUUGCUGAGACAGCAGAAGAGGAGGAGAUCACAGAGUUUUUAUACGACUAUGCAGCUCGUUUCAGUGACUACUUGUACGCCACGGUAGAAUACUACACCGAGAACACCACACUGAUCCCCACCGUCAUGUACUCCUAUGAGGAGGAGUUUGAGGAAUUUCAGGAGUCAGUGGGAUCGUCCCUCCAGUGCCACCUCCCCCUCAUCAUCCUCCUCAGCCUCCUGGGGUUCCUACUAUGACCCCCAUGCCUGAGCUCCUCCUCUGAAGGCUUUGCUGAGGAGCGACGUCGUCAGCACCUCGGCAGGUCCCGUCCUCCACAACCAAGGUGCCAGUGUGGUUCUGGUUUUCUGGACAAAGCUUUCAAUAGAUGGAUGGUGUCCUCCUGAGCCACAGCCAUUGUGCAAACACCGCAGGGCUUUGUCAUGACUCCAGUUCUUUCCUAUUUCCUCUCCUUCUCUUGUAAAUAUGGAUUCCUGCCAAUAAAAUGACUCACAAUCAGCCUUCGGUCUCCAGCGCGAAGCCACCGACACCCUCCAGGAGAGCACAAGAAGCUUCAGCCCCAGCCAGCCAUGACCUGAGCUAACCUGCCCCAAGUUCCCACCCGUUCCUCCAGGAAAAACUCAAAACUUUAGGGGUCAGCUGCAGGUUUUCACAGAACUGCUUUGGAUGGAAAAGACUCCCAGGAUUGAGUCCAACCAUCAACCCGACACCACCAUGCCACCGACCCAGGUCCCCAGCUGCCAUGGCCACGUUUCUUCAACACCUGGAGGGAUGGGGACUCCACCACCUCCCUGGGCAGCCUGCUUCAAUGCCUGACCACUCUUGCAGGACAGAAAUGGUUCCUUGUGGCCAAUCCAAACCUCCCCUGGGGCAACUUGAGGCCAUUUCCUCUUGCCCUGUCCCUCGUUCCUUGGCAGAAGAGCUCAACCCCCACCUGGCUCCAGCCUCCUCUCAGGGAGUUGCAGAGAGCAAUGAGGUCUCCCUUCAGCCUCCUUUUCUCCAGGCUAAAAAUCCAAGUUCCCUCAGCUCCUCCUCCCUAGCCCUGUUCUCCAGACCCUUCCCCAGCUUUGUUGCCCUUCUCUGGACCUCCCCCAGCCCCUCAGUGUCCUUCCUGGAGUGAGGAGCUCAGGAUUUGAGGUGUGACCUCACCAGUGCCCAGCACGGGGGCACUAUCACUUCCUCCUGGCCACACCACUGAUGAUCCAAGCCAGGCUGCUGGUGGCCUUUUUGGCCACACAAUGGCUCAUCUUCAGCACAUUUCAUCUUCUCAAGUCACCCCAAUAAAUGGGGCUGGGUUGGGACAAACCCUUUGUGCCAUCAAGCAUCCACCAGGCUUGUGGGGUUCAGCAGUGUUGUUUUGUUUGGUAAAUCAUCACUGAACACCAGCAGAAGGAGAAUAAAUUCCAGACUUGUACAGUGCUGGUGCUAUCAAGAGGACCUUUUCAAGCAGCUAACCCCAGCUCAUAGCUCCUAGAAAGAGCAGGAAGAAGUUUUCCAGUUGGCUUUCCCCAGAAUUGCUCUGAAUUCUCUUGAUCUCCUAGAAUCACCACCAAAAUUUGGGUUCCAAUGAGAAGCUGGACCAGGAAAAAAGCUCCUUCAAGCAACACAGCCCCCACCAGCUCCCCAUGGAGAACAAACUGUGCCAGAAAUUGGGGUUGUGGUCAAGAAAUCUGAGUUUAGAAAUCUCCUUUUGGCCCAGCUGGGAAAAAAAAAAAAAAAAAAAAAUCAGUUCCAUACUGAGUGGGGUAGUUGUAGAGAAGGAGGGAGGGCAAACACGACCCAGGUGUUUCUAUGUGGUCCUGAGAGCUCCUGCAAGGUCCUGAGAGUGCCUGCCAUGGUCUGGUGUGAUGGUUUUAAAACUGCCUUUUUAAUUUUCCUUGACAAAUUUUCGAGCAGAGAAGGUGAAAGAAUGUAAAGAAAUCACUCUCGGGUGUAAGA